AAAUCACACAAAUUUCUCUUUGCCAAAUAAAAUUUUGGGGGACAAGUCGUCUUAAUCGCAAGAACACGCGCGUAUACGCAAAUUAAUACGUACAUAUAGAAUCUCGUCCUACCGGCAAUGAAGAACGUGGUCAUGUAGAAGAGGGCAGUGGAAUUAUCAAUCUGAAUUUCCAGUUGUUCAGUGUUAAGAGACAAAUCUUCAGACUAUCUCAAGGUUCAGACAUGGUGGAAAGAUUCUAGAGUUGGAAGGUGGAGUCUUGUAUUGUAAAGCCCUCACUCCAUUGAUUUUCCACUUGACGGCUUCUCUCUCGGACAUUUCGUCGAACGGUCUCCGUGCCUGAGCGAUUUAUCUUCGUUUCACAUACCCACUUACCAUCGUUUGAAGAAGGAGAAGAACAAGAAGAAGAAGGAGGAGGGAGAAAGUGUUUGCCCAUAAGCUUUUUUAUCAGCUCAUCGCCGCCGGCGAAGAUCCAAGAUCGAAAUUCACAUUAUCCUGAUUCCUAACUAUAAAAGCUUCCUCCUUUUCUAGAUGAUAACCAUCGGCGGAGGCAGUUUCCGGCCGUUACUUUUUGCUCCGCCGCAGUUGCAUGGUCACCACCAAUACGGCCACCGGCGGAGAGGGCUGCGGUUCGAGGUCCGGUGCAAAGUCACCGGAGCAGUGCCGCUGACGAAGCAAGGUCACCGGUUUAUCUCGUCUCUCUCGUCCCCUGCUGUAGCCGGAGACUCGUCGGCGAUCAACCGCCAGAUUCGGAAGUUCGUCGCCGCGUCGCCGAAAUCAGUUGCCCUCAAUGUUCUCUCUCAUCUUCUCUCUCCUCUGAACUCUCAUCCCCAUCUUUCCUCCAUUGCCCUCAACUUAUACUCAGAGAUUGCUGAAGCACCAUGGUUUGAUUGGAAUCCCAAGCUUGUUGCCGAUCUCGUUGCUCUGCUCAAUAAACAAGAACAGUUUCCUGAAUCAGAAUCUCUGCUUUCUGCUGCUGUUUCCAGGUUGAAGCCAAAUGAACGAGGCCUUGCUCUUUUCCACUGCAAUUUGGUUGAAUCAAAUUCCAAACAAGGAUCUACACGAGGAUUCAACGAUUCUUACUCUUGUUUGAGGGAGAUAAUCCAGAGAUCUUCCUCUGUUUAUGUUAAAAGCCAAGGGUACAAGUCUAUAGUCAGUGGACUAUGCAACAUGGACAGACCUUAUGACGCCGAAAGAGUUCUCGCAGAGAUGAAAACAGAAGGAAUCAAGCCUGAGUUGUUUGAAUAUAGGUCUGUUCUAUACGGCUACGGGAGAUUGGGAUUGUUCUUCGAUAUGAACAGAACAGUGCAUGAAAUGGAAUCUGAUGGUCACAAAAUCGACACGGUGUGUUCUAACAUGGUUCUUUCUUCAUAUGGAGCUCGUGAUGCACUACCCGAAAUGGGUUCUUGGUUACAGAAAUUGAAGGGUUUUGGUAUUCCUUUGUCCAUAAGGACGUAUAACUCGGUCUUGAAUUCUUGUCCUACAAUUACAUCUCUACUGAAAGACUUGGAUAGCUGUCCUGUUUCUCUAUCGGAACUAACGGGUCUACUGAACGAGGACGAGAUGCUUCUGACACGGGAAUUGGUUCAGUCAUCGGUUUUAGAUGAAGCGAUGGAGUGGAAUGCAUUGGAGGGUAAGUUGGAUUUACAUGGGAUGCACUUAAGCUCAUCAUAUUUGAUAAUGAUGCAAUGGAUGGAUAAGGUUAGAAUUAGGUUUGAAGAAGGGAAGCAUGUGAUACCAGUGGAGAUUGUAAUUGUUUCCGGGUCUGGAAAGCACAGUAAUGUAAGAGGAGAGUCGCCGGUGAAAGCAUUGGUCAAGAAGAUAAUGGUUCGUACAGGAAGUCCGAUGAGGAUUGACCGGAAGAACAUCGGUAGUUUCAUUGCCAAAGGAAAGGCUGUAAAAGAAUGGCUUUGCCAGUAAAAAUGUAAAACUCCAAAUCCACACAUUUUGGAUAAUAAAAUCUCAGAUUUGGGACA